AUGGGGGAAAACGUUGAGCAGAAGCUUAUUGCCGUUGCUCGACAUAUAGCAAGUACAAUGGGCCAUACUGACACCAUAACUGAUGAUAUUCUCAAAAUAUUCUCCAACUUCGACGGGAGAUUUCGUGAAAAGUUAACGGAAAAACUUUCCCAUGAAGACCCACGUGAUUGCGCCACACUGGAACAUACCCUCAAGUCUUUGGACCGUCAGAUCUCCCAUUAUGUGUCUUCUGACCAACCCAUUUGGUUGGACUCUGCUGAAUCAUCGUCCUUUCUUGAUUCUGUGGAUCAAUUGAUAUCUACCAUUCGGGAUUGGAACCGGUUAGCUGAUGAUAAGAAUAUCGCUGCUUGUCUCGACCGGGUGGAGGAUUUGCUGCAACAGUCUAUGUUCCGUUUGGAGGAUGAGUUUAGGAGCCUUGUGGAACGCGGUGCCGAGUCUUUUGGCUUGACUCAUGGUGAGUCAAGCCACCUUGAUUGCUCCAUUGAGGAUGAUUCUGGUGAUGAAGAUGCUGAUGAGAAUGAAAUCCCCGUGGCGCACCCGAUUGCGGAUUAUAAUAUAAUAAUUGAUGCUUUACCGGAGGGGACUAUUAGGGAAUUGCAGGAGAUCGCAAAGAGGAUGGUGGCUGCUGGGUACGGGAAGGAGUGCUCCCGCGCGUAUAGCACUUGCCGGAGAGAGUUCUUGGAGGAGAGCUUGUCGAGGUUGGGCCUUCAAAAGCUGAGCAUUGAUGAGGUCCAGAAAUUGCAGUGGAGUCAAUUAGAAGUCGAGAUUGAGAAAUGGAUCAAAGCCAUUAAUGCCGCAGUUCGAAUUCUCUUCCCAAGCGAGCGUCGCCUCUGUGAUCAUGUGUUUUUGGGGUUCUCCUCGACUGCUGAUUUAUCCUUUAUGGAAGUAUGCAGAGGGUCAACUAUUCAGCUGUUGAAUUUUGCAGAUGCAGUUGCAAUAGGUACCUGUGCACCGGAGCGUCUUUUUAAGGUGUUGGAUGUGUAUGAAACGGUGAGGGAUUUAUUGCCUGAGUUUGAGUUAUUUUUCUCUGAUCAUUACUGUAUGUCUUUAAGGAACGAAGCAAUAACCAUAUGGAAAAGACUAGGAGAGGUUAUUAGAGGAAUAUUUAUCGAAUUAGAGAAUUCGAUCCGUCGGGAUCCUGCCAAGGUUGCAGUUCCUGGUGGCGGGCUGCAUCCCAUCACUCGAUAUGUGAUGAAUUAUCUUCGCGCUGCAUGUCGUUCUCUACAAACCUUAGAACAGAUCUUUGGUGAGAGUAUUGCACCACCUGGUUGCAAUUUUGAUUACAGGAAAGGGGAUGAUAGGGCCUUGUCCUCAUCGUUGGCUGUUCAAAUGGAAUGGAUUAUGGAAUUGUUGGAGAUUAAUUUGGAGGCAAAGUCAAAAAUUUAUAGGAACUCUGCUCUUUGCUCUGUGUUUAUGAUGAAUAAUGGGAGGUAUAUUACACAAAAAGUAAAAGAUAGUGAGUUGGGGACACUCUUAGGUGAUGAUUGGAUAAAAAAACACAAUGCAAAAAUAAGACAGUAUCAUGUGAAUUAUCAGAGGAGUUCAUGGAGUAAGGUUUUGGGAGUUCUGAAGGUUGAUAAUAAUUUUAUGUCUCCUAAUGGAACUUCAAAGAGUUUGAUAGAAAAGCUGAUGUUUUUCUAUUCAUACUUUGAGGAGAUUUGCAAAACUCAGUCUUCAUGGGUGAUCUUUGAUGAGCAGUUUAGAGACGAGUUGAGGAUUUCAGUUUCAGGGACUGUGUCUCCUGCGUACCGCAACUUCAUUGGAAGAUUGCAGAAUUCUCCAGAUUUCGGGAAAUAUGGAGAUAGGCAUAUCGAGUACGGCGUGAAGGAUAUUGAAGCUCGGAUCAGUGAGUUGUUUCAAGGAAGUGGCAGUAGCAGAAGGUGA